AUCACGUGAGACACACCCAUGAUGAUGUCACCACACAGAACACGUGCCCACUUGUUUGCAAUAGCACUCACACAUCCAGUCAGACUGCUCAGUCCCUGGACUACAUCUUCUACGUCGUCUCUUUCCUCUGCUGCUAGGACCCAACCGAAACCAGCACAGAGGAAGAGUCAGCAUGUUGAGCUCAGGGUUCAAGGCUGAACGCCUGCGAGUCAAUCUAAGGCUUGCGAUCAACCGCCUGAAACUACUGGAAAAGAAGAAGACUGAAAUGGCAAUGAAGGCCAGGAAGGAGAUUGCAGACUAUUUAUCAUGCCGAAAGGAUGAGAGAGCGCGGAUCCGGGUGGAGCACAUUAUCCGAGAAGACUACCUGGUGGAGGCCAUGGAGAUCCUGGAACUGUACUGCGACCUGCUCCUGGCACGGUUUGGAUUAAUCCAUUCUAUGAAGGAGCUGGACCCAGGCCUGGCUGAAGCUGUGUCCACUCUGAUCUGGGCGGCACCUCGUCUGCAGACUGAAGUCUCCGAACUGAAGACAGUGGCCAGUCAGCUUUGUCAUAAAUACAGCAAAGAAUAUGGAAACCUCUGUCGGUCAAACCAGAUCGGAACAGUCAGCCAAAGACUGAUGCAUAAACUGGGCACGGAAGCACCUCCCAAAAUCCUGGUGGAGAGAUAUCUGAUUGAGAUCGCCAAAAACUACAAUGUCCAAUAUGAGCCAGAUGCAAUGGUUAUGAGUGAAGCGCCCUCUGGAUUUGAAGUUGACGGCUGUGACAUUGGGUUUAUUAACAAUGAUAGGAAAGGAGGUCCUGGCAGCGGGGGAGCUGGCGGCGGUGAUUUCAGGAGCAACGCAAUAUGUCCUUAUCCCCAGAUAUCAAAACCUCUCCCGGAUGCAGACGUUGGGAUCUAUGAAGAGUGUACGUUUAUGCAUCCACCUCCAAGAGGGAAAACAGAGCCCUCGUUCCCAGGCAUUCCUUUCAACUAUCAUCUGCUGAAACCUCCUGGACCAGACUCCCAGGUGUUUCCUGCACGGGAUAUGGGUGCUGACACUAAGCCAGGAAUUCCAUGGAACACAAACCACGUCCCUGAGAAGUAUGACCAUUUGCCGCUGCCCAAGCUCCCAUCUGUACCAGCCAGCCCUGCUCAUAUUUCCCCGACAUCUGAUCCCUCAGCAUAUGAGGAUAUAGACUUUGAGGAUCUGUCAAAAAGACUGGAGGACCUUAAAAAGAAGACGUAAGGUCCCUGCUGGGAUUUCAUGGAGAAGAGACAGAUGCUGUAUAUUUUGUGUAAACUUCUGCCUGAAAUGUUUUAUCUGUAGCUGGGCCUGAGGCGUCCUGUGCCUCAUUCUCACAAAUCAUAAUCACUGAUCCACCGUCUUGUCAAUAAAAGUCUAUACGCUUCUGAUUUGCUGUUA